AUGUCUGAUUCAACAAUCAAUCCUCCGUCAAUUACCCAAUGGGCUGAAGAGCACCUUCGGGCGAUCUUCAAUGCUGUCUCGGAGGAUGUCUACGACAAUGCAUUCGACGCCUUCAUCUCGAAACAUGUCCAUGUCACUGUAAAUGGCAGGUAUCUCUCCCGCGAGCACUACAAGAGGCUCUUGCGCUUCGAGAAGAUAUUUGAUUUGGCCGCAGCUCCAGCUGAGCUUUCGUUUGAGGGCGUAGUCGAAGCUCCUGCGGACGAGGAUCACCCCACUAAUGCUGGAACUGUUGGUCUUCUGUAUAAAGCCGUAGUUGCUUCCAAAGACACAACUUCGAGGGCUCCGACGUCUGAUACUGUGCACUCGUCUUUGAACGUUGUAAUUAUUCUGGAUAAUUUGCUGGUUCCUCCGCCAAUUGGAUACUUCGAUCCACGUAGGGUUUCGCACCUUAGUGAGGUAGUAGUGGUGGACCAGGAGAAUCCUGUUAUCAUGCCCAGUCUCUUGUCCAGUUCUAUUACCACCCCUGCGGUCAGUGCCCAUGCAUGA